AUGCAACGUUGGUGUGGGGGUGACAGAUAUCAAACACCAACAAAAUAUAUAUGUGACUCUCAAGCGUUGCUCACUUCAGAGUUCAGUCCACACUCCACAGAACGGGAACAAGUUCAAAUCAGUCACGUUGUAAACUUCAAGGCGUUGGGUCUCUAUCGUUUGCGCGAUAAAAUGGUACAGUUAAAUAUAGAGCCAUUCGGCACGUUCAAGAAGGAGCCAGUAAAGAGGUUUAUUUGGACCACCGACAGCGGCUUUUCAGUUUCCGUUAUAUCGUACGGAGCAAUCGUACAAUCUAUUGAGGUUCCAGAUAAGAAUGGCGCGAAUAGUGACGUGGUGCUCGGUUUCGAUGAUAUCGACGGGUACGUAGAAAGGAACUCGCCGCAUCUAGGGUCCACCAUAGGGAGAUGCGCGAACAGGAUCGGCAACGCCACCUUCACUAUCGAUGGAGUUACCUACAACCUGGCUAAGAAUGUAGGCAAGGACCAUUUGCAUGGAGGUCUGGUCGGUUUUGAUCAGGUUGUAUGGAAUUAUACAGUAGAUGGCACUAAAGUAACAUUCAGUUACCUGUCCAAAGACGGUGAGGAGAACUACCCAGGCGACCUGAUAACUAACGUGCAAUACGUAGUGACUGAUGACGACACGUUAAAUAUAGAGUAUAUAUCGAGCACUACUAAGAAAACUGUUGUCAAUUUGACCAACCAUUCAUACUUCAACCUGGCGGGUCACGACGCUGGAUCCGAGGAACUGUUUAAGCACUAUAUUGUUAUCAAUGCUGAUAAAAUAACAGAAACAACGUCAGAAUCGAUCCCGACGGGACGAUUUAUCAGAGUUGGAGGUACGCCAUUUGACCUGCGCGUCCCCACUCGCCUUGGCGACGCCAUGUCCCGCGAUAAUGGGCUGUAUGAUGAUAACUUCUGUGUUACUUCGCAUAAUGAACAGAGUCUAAACUUCGUAUCCCGCGUAACCCAUCCAUCAUCAGGCAGAUAUUUAGAAGUAUACAGUAACCAGCCAGGAGUUCAGCUUUAUACCAGUAACUUCUUACCGUCUCCAAGUGAACCGGCUUUAAUAGGAAAGGAUGGUGUAGGGUACAGACGCCAUGGCGCUUUUUGUCUAGAAACCCAGAACUUCCCUGAUGCUAUUAAUCAUAGGAACUUCCCAAGUCCCAUACUGAGUCCUGGACAAAUUUAUCGCCACGUAGUCAGCUAUAGAUUCGGUGCUAAAAAGAAUGGUGUGCCUGAAGUUAUUCAAUCG